UACCGCGUCACUAUUUACUUAAAUACAUCGUCAUAAACGAGCAACUCGUCGCCAAAUUAACGCGAGUGAUAAAACGUGAAAUAAGUUAUACCUAUUCAGUUCAUAAACACUGCAAAUUGCGCAGAUUUUUUUAUUUUGUAAAUGGAGAUAACCAACGACCUCUUGAGUAAAAUCCUGAGCGGGGAUUCGCAAUGCAAAAUAACAAUCCAGCAAUGGCACAUCCAAAAAAACGUAUUUCUACAAAGCAACAAUCAUACAUCGGAGCUAUCCAAGUUAAUCGUCGAAUAUCAAAGAAAAGGUAAAACAUUCAAAAAAUCAUUCGUUUUAAAAGUACCUUCGGCACAUCCCAUGUACGAUCUAGGAGUAAAAUUCAAAAUGUACGAAAAAGAGUACCCGAUGUACACCGAAGUACUCGAAGAAAUGUAUAAAAUAGACGGCGAACAUAUCGGAGCCAAAUUAUACUACUCUGAUAAUAAAUACUCGUUGAUGAUGAAAGACUUGACAUUAUCCGGUUACAAAGUAGUGGACAAAGUCAAGCAACUGGACUACCAUCAAUGCUACAUGGUUUUGAGAAAAUUGGCCAAAUUUCACGCCUUAUCUGUGAAGCUCGAUCGACAUUCAAAAAUAAGCCCGGCUUUGAAACGAAUACCAUGGUUGGGAGAAGUAGAACUGGAAGAGUCGUUCAAGAAAUAUCUAAAUUACGCUUUCGAGCAGCUUGCUAAAAGUGUCGAUUCAAAGUUCAACCUCGAGGAAAAAAUACUCCAAUGUAAAGACUACGUGUUUGACGAACUAAUGCAAGAGAUGACCUCAAACCAACUCAUAUUCAAAGUACUGACCCACGGAGACUUAUGGUUGGGGAAUACGUUAUUCAAAUUCAAUAAAUAUGGCCAAGCGAUGAAGGUUAAAUUCAUCGAUUUCCAAUGCCCAUCUUGGUCAUCUCCGGUCUUCGAUAUUUUAUGUUUCACGUUGACCAGCAUGCGAUUCGAAGUGUUUGAAAGACAUUUCGAUUUUUUAAUGGAAACCUACGUUGAAGCAUUGAACGAUACCUUGAAAUUUUUCCAAUGUGGUUCGUAUUCGUUGGAAGAGCUGCGUCGUGAUAUGGAUAUUUUACAUAGUUCUGCGAUGAUAUUCCUGUGCUGUCAUUUACCUCAGGCUUUAUCCAAUCUUGAACAGCCUUUGGACUAUCAACGAUACUAUAUCGAUGGCGUUGUUGAUUUUAGGAUUUAUGAUGCGUUUUUCAAAAAUGAGACGUAUUUGAAAACAUUAAAUAAGUGGAUUGGUUAUUACGUCAAAAAAGGGUGGUUCGAUCGCAUUUAAUCAAUUAUGGUGUAUUUGCAGGAGCUUCCCUUUGAGAAAAACGGUCUUCGUCUCAAGGCCCAGUUUGGUGUAUAGAUGAUUAAUGAAAUGGAAAAGAGAGCUUACUUCGCAGAUAAUACCUUAGAUAGAUAUAGAAGGAACAUCUAAAUACAAAUGGAAAUACUCGUAUUACAAGAAGAAAAAUCACUGGAUUUUUAAACGCUUUUUGAAAGAAAAAUGACGUGUAUAGGUUAUUCAAUUUUUCUCUUGAAAAAUAUAAAAUGCUGCAUGUUUUGUU